AUGAGGCUAAACAAAACGAAUUUGAUUCUUGUUUCAUUGCCUAUCUUAUCACAGGCAAGUGCCUAUACGUACGUGAAUUGCUUUAGCUCACUCCCUUCCGACUUUUCACAGGACGAUUCAUACUCCUGGCAGUCAAGUUCGUAUUGUAGUCAAAAGUGUAACGCAAAGAGCGCAAAAUAUUUUGCCCUUCAUAACCAUUCAGAAUGUUUUUGCGGUAAUACUGACCCGUCCAGUUCAGAAUCCGUUUCCUCUUCAUGUAAUAUGUAUUGUUACGGCUAUAAACCUGAAAUGUGUGGUGGUACAGAUGCCUAUUCUGUGUAUCAGAUCGAAUCCGACACAAACAGUGAUAGCUUAAGCAGUUCAGAUACUGAUACGGAGACUAGUUCUUCUGCAACUUCUUCCACAACUUCUUUAACAACCUCUUCCACAUCAUCAGCAACGCCAUCAACAACAUCGUCCUCCACAUUACAAACCUCUUCUGAUUCAACUCAAGCAGCUGCUUCUACUUCAACGUCACAAAGUUCAAGUACUGUAAUGCUUCAGGGCUCAUUAACUUCAAACGCUUUGAUAACCAGUGACUCUCAAUCACAGGAUCCUACCUCCAUAAUAUACUCUACUGAUUUUCACACUGAGGGUGGUUCUACGAUCUUUGUCACAAACACCAUCACGACAAGUGCUCAGAAUUCAGGAUCGGCCACAGGAGCAGCCGGAUCUGACUCUACACGUGGAAAUAGUACACACAAGAAGAAGGCUAAUGUAGGGGCAAUUGUCGGCGGGGUUGUAGGUGGUGUAGUUGGGGCUGUAGCGAUCGCGCUCUGUAUAUUGUUGGUCGUCAGACAUAUCAAUAUGAAACGUGAACAAGAUAGAAUGGAGAAAGAAUACCAAGAGGCCAUAAAACCAGUAGAGUACCCAGAUAAGUUAUAUGCUUCCUCAUUUUCAUCUAAACAAGGGCCUUCAUCGGGGAGCUUUGUGGAAGAGCAUACCAAUGGGCAAACUGAUACCAAUCCUUUCGAUGAUUCAAGAAGGAUAAGCAGCGGAACGUUUAUAAAUGGUGGACCGGAAGGGAAAAAUAACGUUCUGACAGUGGUUAAUCCAGAUGAAGCUGAUUGA